AACACGGGCGAGGUCCCAUCUCAUUUAGGCUCAUUUUCUCGACAGCCCUCUGCCAUGGAGAUAAAGCAGUUUGGCCAUACCCCCAAAACUCUCUGCACCAAAAUCUGACACCGAACCCACCCCCGCCACCCCUCUUUCCUUCUCUCUCUUUCUCAGUUUUUCUCCUCCUUGCCGAGCAAAGCAAGCGAAGGAGAAGGGGAGAAGGAUGCCCAGGCCAGGGCCGAGGCCUUACGAGUGUGUGAGAAGAGCAUGGCACAGCGACCGACACCAGCCCAUGAGAGGGUCACUCAUCCAAGAAAUCUUCAGGUUGGCGAACGAGGUGCACUGCAACGCAACCAGGAAGAACAAGGAAUGGCAGGAGAAGCUUCCCUUUGUAGUCUUGAAGGCCGAGGAGAUCAUGUAUUCCAAAGCUAACUCGGAGGCGGAGUACAUGGAUUUGAAGACUCUGUGGGACAGAGCUAAUGAUGCCAUUGACACCAUAAUUCGUAAGGAUGAUGCCAAUGAGAGCGGUGACCUCCUUCAGCCCUGCAUUGAAGCGGCACUCAAUCUGGGCUGCAUUCCUCGAAGAGCAUCGAGGAGCCAACGCCACAGCAAUCCAGUUUGUUAUCUGAGCCCCAACUCAAAGGAAGCAGCUGAUGUCCCUCCAAAGCCUCAAGAUAACAAGAAGGCCAGUCAGAUUUGUCCUAAAAGCAUGUUGCCACCACUGCUUCCAAUGCAAUCCGGCAAUCUCCAUGGCUCAACAACUCAAUUUGGAUCAAAGUACUCAGCUGCAGGACCUCAGAUUCAGUUUAUGCCAUCUAGUGCUUCAAAUGGGCAAAAUCAAUACUUUGAGAUUCCAAAUAAAGCCAUGGCAUGCAAAGUUAGAGGCUUGCCUAUGCCAAUGGAGUCUGGCAUUUGGCCUGAAUUGGGUUGUGUAUACCCACUGUAUUAUGGUGAAGGACAUUCUACUUCCACCUCCCAACCUCAGGAACAAAUGGUCAAGAACAUCUUCAGUGCAACAAAGCCCUCUGUUCAAUCUAAUGCCAUUGAAUUCAUGGUCGGCACCAUGUCGGAUGGUUUAGAUGAAGUCCCUGAUUGCAAGAGGAUGAGAAAGCUAGCGGAUUGCGACCUUUCAUUGCGCCUUGGCCUUCCUUCUCCCCCAAGCUCAGAAGUUGAAAGUUCCUGGACACAUGAGGUUGAAGAUGUAGGAUCAAGUAGUUCUUGUGAUGGAGGCAAAUCCUGUGGCCCGCUUCCCAAUGGAGCUGGGACCAUGAACCUUGAAAGCUCACUUUCAUCUGCAAGAGAUAAGGGCUUUGAUUUCUUCUCAGUGGAGACCACUGAUGAGCACUAUGAGUCCUGUUCAAGUAAGUGGAGCUCGCAGGUUGAUUGUGCAUUUUACAUGAAUUCCUAUACUAAAAACCAGAAGGUUUAUGCUUCUGGUGCUUUAACUGGUACAUUAUCUGAUGAGUGCUUCAACUGGAAGUGAUAAGAAUGCCCUCAUUGUUAAAACAACAUGUUUCAUUGCCUACUUAGAACAAGUAUUUUGUCUAUAUUGUCUUUGCGAACUCUCUUUUCUUGUUUUAUUAUGGUUAGUUUGAGCAGGAGCAGUUGUGUUAUGCUGAAGUGUAAAUAGCUGCUUUGUCUUAAUGUUGGCUGCUAGCAUUUGAACUUUGUCAACAAAUCUAUUUCAAUGUUAGCUAUGAGAAGCUUAGGACCUUUGAAUCUUAUAAUUUCUUGUGGCCACUGGCUUUUCUCA